AUGUGUGACCAAGUCUUUCUCUCGUCCAUCGGACUGGCUCAGAGACCUUUUUGCCGUCCAAGUUCUCCUCCACAGCCUCUUCGCUCUUUUUGUUGCUCGCCUGACGCCAUGGGGAACGCGUGCUCCAAUGGGUGCUUCGCCAUGCUCGGUGGCAAUCCCAAGGCGGCCGAGCUGCGCGCAUGCAAAGAAGAGAUUAAGACGCUGAUUGAGACCCGGAACUGCCAUCCGAUUUUGGUGCGUUUGGCCUGGCACGACAGCGGCACCUAUGACCAGCGCAUCAAGGAUUGGCCUCAACGGGGUGGUGCCAACGGCGCGAUCCGCUUUGACCCGGAGAUGAACAUGGGAGCGAACGCAGGACUUGACAAGGCCAGAGGCUACUUGGAGACGAUCCAGAAGAACCACCCAUCCGUCUCUUGGGCUGAUCUCAUUCAGCUGGCGUCUGCGACUGCCAUCGAAAUGGCAGGUGGCCCGGUGAUCAAGAUGAAGUACGGCCGCGUGUCGGUCACCGACCCCUCGCAGUGCGCGGGCCCCGCCUCGCGCGAGGGCUUCAAGGGCAACGCGGGGCUCCCCGACGCGGCGCCGCCGUUCGGGUGCGGUGCCCAGAAGCCGGAGGAGCACUUGCGCAACGUCUUCGGGAAGAAGAUGGGCUUCACGGAUCAGGAGAUUGUGGCAUUGAGCGGCGCUCACACCUUGGGGCGAGUCUUUAAGGAACGCAGCGGUGCAUGCCCUUUUGGCUACGGCGAGCAGAGCGCCUCCAAGUACACCAAGGGCAACUGCAUUGCGCGGAAGGAUGGCAAGAGCGGCGUCGGCAUGGUGGGCGGUGGCGCUUGGACCAAGAACUGGUUGACCUUCGACAACAGCUACUUCGCGAACUACAAGGACGCCAUGGAUGAUGAUGAUCUCAUUUGGCUGCCCACGGAUGAAGUCCUGCACAAUGACCCCGAGUUCAAGAAAUACUUCUACAAGUAUGCUGGUGACCAGAACGCCUUCUUCCAAGACUAUGCCCUGGCGCACAAGAAGCUUUCUGAACUGGGAGCGAAGUUUGACCCACCAUCCGGUUUUGAGAUUUAA